ACGCCAGCUCUCCCAGCCUCCCUGGUUUGCCCUGGCCCCAUUGCCGGGGUGGGUGCCGGCGGGGAUGCGGAUCCCACACCCUGCCCUGUCUGGGCACACUGGAUCCGCUCUCGCCCGGCCCCCAGCCUCACCUGGCCGGAGCCCUGGAACCACCAGCAUGGCAGGGAGCCGGGCUCACGUCGGGCUCUGGGGUUGGGACUGGUCCCGGGAGCGCCGCCCGGUCCCACCAGUGUCUCCUCCACCCAGGGGACUCGCUGUUGGGCAGCUGGGGCUGACAGCAUGCCGUGUCCGCCAGCGUGGCUGCCACUGUCCCCACUGAGCAGCCUGGGGAAACCGAGGCACACGAUGGCUGGAGGGGCACGAGGGGGAGGAGGCCCCAGGAGGGUGAGGUGGGCUGCAGGGUCCCCUGCACUGCACCGCGAGGGGGGCAGGCGGCCAGGCCCCCCCCCCCCCCCCGAGGCAGCUGACAGCAGCGAGGGCCGGAGGCGCGGGAGCAGGAAGGUCAGGGAGAGCGGCUGGGCCCCGUGCCGGGGGAUUAGCACUGUCCUUGCUGCGUCACGCCGCCCCCGGGCCCAUCUCCGGCCUAAUCCCCUCGCCCCGGGCAGCUGGCCGGCACCAGGCAGGGGCAGCUGGCCCCCCCCCAUCCCUGCCCAGCCUGGGGGGACAGAGCUGCCCCUUUGGCUCCACCACACCUCUCGGGGGACUCCGUCCCUCAGCAGGGCACCCAGCCUGGCUAGGCCCUGCUACAAAACGGGGAAGAAGGGGUCACGGUGCCCCCGCUACGGGCAGGGCUAGGAGCCAGCAGGGAAACUGAGGCAGCGGGGUCGGCAGCUUGCAGUGCCGCGCCAGAGCCGUGCAACGGCUGUGGUGGCGCAGGCAGGGGCUCUGUGCACCGGGGCGCAGCAGGCAGAGGUGCCCGCUGGUGGCACUGAGGCACGAGGUGUCCGAAACCCUCAAUUUGCUGAGUCCCGUGGGAUUUUGGGGUGGGCAGCACGUGCCUGUGGGGCAGCCCGGCCCCUGUGGCCGAUCCUAGCCCACCACGUGCCAGGGCGGCAGCGCCAGCACAGCCGGGGUGCCCGCUGCGCCCUGCCACUUCACCCCUGCCGCUCUCCUUUCCCCGCAGGGUGCCGGCCCCGCAGGCGGCCGGCGACGCAGGAUGGUGCCGGCGCUGGCGCUCUGGGCCUGCCUGGCGCUGGGCACAGUCGGUGGGGAAAGCCCGGCACCGGAGCCCCUGGCGGGCGGCCAGCCCUUCACUGUGGUGUGGAACAUCCCCACCGGCCGCUGCCAGCGCCGCUUCGGCGUGGGGCUGCCCCUCGGUGACUACGGCAUCGUGGAGAACCAGGAUGGCCGCUUCGCCGGCCAGAACAUCACCAUCUUCUACAAGAACAAGUUUGGGCUGUACCCCUACCUGUCGCGGCAGGGCGUCCCCCGCAACGGGGGCAUCCCCCAGCGGGUCCCACUCAGUGCCCACCUCGCCAGGGUGGCCGCGGACAUCCGCCUCCUCCUGCAACGCGCUUUCCGCGGCCUGGCCGUGGUGGACUGGGAGGAGUGGAGGCCCCUCUGGGCCCAGAACUGGGGGGCCAAGCGGAUCUACCGGGCGGCCUCGGAGCAGUGGGUGCGGGACCGGCACGGCCUCCUGCCGGCGCGGCGGCGGCUCCGGCUGGCCCGGUGGGAGUUUGAGCAGGCGGCGCAGACUCUGAUGGAGGAGACCCUGCUGCUGGGACGGACCGUGCGCCCGAGGGGGCUCUGGGGUUUCUACCGCUUCCCCGACUGCCUCAACGGCAACUGGGCCAAGGAGGCCAACUACACCGGGCAGUGCCGGCCGGCGGAGGUGCGGCGCAACAACCGUCUGGGCUGGCUCUGGGCCGCCUCGGCAGCCCUCUACCCCAGCAUCUACCUGCCGCCGGCGCUGCCGCCCGCCCUGCGCCGCCGCUACGUGCACCACCGGCUGCGCGAGGCCCUGCGCGUGGCCGCCUUCGGGGCCGACGGCCUCCUGCCCGUGGUCGCCUACUCCCGCCUCUCCUUCCGCCGCUCGCCCAGAUUCCUGGAGCUGGCUGACCUGGUGCACACCAUCGGGGAGAGCGCGGCGCUGGGUGCGGCCGGACUCGUGCUCUGGGGAGACCUGUCGUACUCCCGCUCGGCUCGCAGUUGGCGCACUGGGAACCCAGUGCCCGGCUCCCAGGGGCCCCACACCGCCUCGCUGCCCACUCACGCUGCCCGGGCACAGGGAGCCAUGCCCAGGGAGGCUGGAGAAGCAGACGGCAUGGGAAGGGCCGAGGGUGCCGCGCCGGCAGAGCCUGGGGACCCCGACGGCGGCGAGACGGGAGCCAUCAGCCUGCGCCCCGUGGAGUCCAUCAGCGACCUGCACUGGGCCUCGGGCGGGCAGAAGGGCGCCGAGGGCAACGGCCCGGCUCCCUCCAGCAGCCUGCGCGGGCCCCCGCCUCGCCCCGUGCCCCCCGGCCCCCCGCCGCUCCUGCCCACCCUGCGACCCGUGCCCGCCGCCAGCCCCUGCCCCUGCCUCAGCCCCGGCCACCCCCUGCUCCUGGCCCUGCUGGGGCUCCUGGCGCUGGCGAGCCUGGUCCUGGCCACGCUGGCCAUCUACCUGAGUGGUACGUGGCGCUGGGCAGGGCGGGGGGCCGGGGGGGGGGGGGGGGGAGGCUGCGGGAAGGCCAGGCCACCCGUCCCCAGCGUGUCCCCGUCCUCUCCCCGCAGUCCUGCAGAGCCAGUCGGUGCGGGCGCUGGCCCAGUGGCUGGAGAGCCAGGAGGACGCCAUGCGCCAGCUGCGGGCAGCCAGCGGGCAGCUCUGGGCUCGCCUCAACGCCAGCGCCGAGCCCGGCGGGCACCGCUGAGCCGCUCCCAGCCCCCCCUCGGACACCGGGACACCACGGGAAGGGGCGCCGAAGGGCGGGAGGGGGGAGCGGGCAGCCCUACCAGCCCCCCAUCCCGCUCGGACCUGGCAGCAUCGCCCCACGGGGCGCAGGGGGUGGCGGGGGCAAUCCUGGCCCCUGCCCCAGGCCGCGAGAGAAAGGGACAGGACUGCAAGGACCGGCACCCACCCCAGCGACAGCCCUUCCUCUUAACAACAAGGCAGAAGGCACCCUCCAAUUAGCCUUUUAAUUACCUCCUGUAAUCAAAGUCUUAGAAAAUCACCACCAUAGAUACAUUCCCAGGGUGGCAGGCACUCCCAGCUGGCGCAGCCCCAUGCCCACCCGGGCAGCGGCCCCCAGGGCUGCACAGGCAGCCCCGGGAUUUGCCUGCUGUGCCACCCCACUGUAAUUAAUUUCCCACAAGAGAACUAUUUCAUAUAAAGCAUUUGGCUGGAAAAGGGCUCAGAGCGGGCAGCUGGCAGGGCUGGGCAGAGCCUGCCACCCCACGCCGCUCUGCCACCACCCCUGGGUGCCGGGCUGGCUGCGGAGACGGGGGCUGUGCCCAGCGUGGCAGGGGGGACCUGGGGGAGCGCUCCUGCCGCAGGCACAGACACCAGGGCCAGCUGUCCCGCAGCCCUGCACGGCUCUGCCCUCCCGCCCAGCCCUCCGGGCUGUGCCAGGCCACCCUGAUGCCCCUGCGGGACCGGGGAGGGAGGACAUGAGCCCUGCCUCUGAAAUGGACUGCAGGAGCCCCGUAUGACCCCCUCCCGCCGUGCCACGCAGAGCCCCAGCCACAGAGCAGGCACACAGCAGCACACCGCCACCUCCCCCCUGCUCUCCUUUUAUCCUUUUUUUUUGGUUAAAAAAAUAAAAGAGGGGGCAGCCCCUGGUGGGGCAGCUCCAGGCAUUAAA